AUGAAAAAUUAGAUCUUCUUAUUCGAUCUAAAAGCAGACAAUAUAUAUCUAAAAAUGCUUAGGCACUUUUUCCCUAUUUAAGAUAAGUCCCUUUUAGAAACAGUUAAACUCAUAUCUAUAUACCUAAUUAUUCAAUCUAAAGAAUUCAGGCAGCAUAAUCUACUCAACCAAAAAUUUAUGAAUAAUCAGAAUAAUAGAACUCCAUAAACAGAUAGAAAUAUCACAUAAUUUAUUGCUAAAAUACACCCUAUUUGUUAACCUUAAUCAGUUUCUCCAAUUAGUAUGAUUUAAUUAUAGACAGAUAAGAUAUAAUAACCAAAAAAAUUCAGUGAACUACAUUUGAUUUAUUUUUAUUUUAUUGAUGAAUUCAAUUUACAAUAUAUAAAUUAAUUUUAUGACAUCAUAAAAAAACCCCUAUAAGUAGUCUCAAUAUAAGGAAAAUAGAUAGAAAAUGAAAUUAUUAUCAUUAGAAUAAAUGAUCAACAGAUUGUAAAUUGA